AUGCUGCUGUCGCUCAGCGGGCCGCUGCUGGAGUUCUACGUCCACGUGGACCUCGCCAUAUCCGCCGCGCCCUUCAGCCAGCUGAGCACCCACCUGCUGAAGAAGGGCUCCCCCUGCCUCGCCAGCGAGGGCCUGGCGAGCGUGGGGGACCCGGGGCUCCUGCCCAUCACCGCGUCGCUGCGCAGCUUCUUCAAGAACUGGGUGGAGCGGCUGCAGGUGCUGGUGGAGGUGCGGCCCGCGGAGUUCAAGGGCCGCGCGUCGCUGGCGUCCAUCAUCCUGGGCAUCGAGACUCUGCCGUCCGAGCCGGCGCUGCUGAAGUCGCACCUGAACCGGAUGCACUCCCAGCGCCACGCCAUCCUGUCCCUGGUCGAGAGCGUGGACCUGGUGAAGAAAGGGCAGACCACCUCCACGUCCCAGCGGACGCUGGUCGAUUUCUUGUCCUCGGCGAUCAAGAGCCUCACGAGCGAGGAGGACGAGAGCUCCAAGGCCACCGUGACAGACGUGGAUGCGCGCGACCAGCGCGACGAUGCCGAGGCGAUGGCCGAGGGCCUCGGGGCGUCGAAGUACCUCCUGCGAUUCCUAGAGUAUCUGGCGAAGGUUGCGGACCUGAUGCGGUCGGCCUCCACGGACGCACAGGCUCGCAAGACGAAGAAGACUCAGGAAGUGAAGAAGCACAAGCCGAAGGAGGGCCAUAUCAAGCUCGCGAUGAACGCCGCCGCCGAGGACCGAGCCGGCGAGGGUUCGUGCGACGGCCUCGGCGAGCUGCCAGAGGAGGACGUGGAGGUCACGAAGCUGUUCGACGUUCUCGCGGAGUCGCCCAAGGGCAUCGUGGCCCGCCUGCUGUUCGAGCUGGGCGGGCACCGGCAGGCGCUUGCGCUGUCCGAGGUGAUGAACGUGGACCUGGUCCAGGUGAUCGUGAACUCCUCGGCCGUGCUGCCCGUCUGGACGCCGCAGCGCGGAGAGGCGGAGGGGCACCGGCUCCGCGACCCGGGCACGGCGCGCUCCCGCUACCCGCUGUCGAUGGAGGUGGUGCACUACCUCGCGCAGCACGAGACUGCCCUGCCGCAGGUCCGCUGCCCCGAGGCACCGCUGCUGGCCACCAUGGCCUGCCUGGAGCGCCGUGGCAAGCGCUGGCCCUCCUGGAAGAUGCUGCACUUCGCCAAGGGCCAGAGCGACGGGCGCUUCCCAUCCCUGCACCGCUGGGCUGAGGAUUUGAGCGCUGCCACGCCUUGCGCGCCAUCCAGUGGGCCGACGAGCGCACGAAGGGCCCCCGGGAGCCCCGGGCCCGCGCCCCGAAGUCGCCGCCGCGGCGGCCCGCCAGCGCGAGGACGCCGCCGCCCUCCCCGAGCAGCGUCCUGGACGAGCUCUCCGCCAGCAGCGGCCCGGAGAGCAGGCGGGCGAGGGCUGCGAGGACGAGGACGAGGACGGCGGCGCCGGCUUCGGACCCGCCGUCUCCAGCGGUUAUUCGGAGGAGCAGAUGCAGCGCCUCGGCGUCGAGGACCGCCUCGCCCUGGAGGCGGUCGGCGACGACCACGAGGCGGGGAUGAGCGCCGCCUACACGAAGUUGGUGCACGCCCUCAACACGGAGCAGAGGUACGAGGAGGCGUUGCAGGUGUGCGACGAGUACCUGCCCUUCGACAGCGCGCUCACGGACCAGGUGCUGCACCUGUACCUCAACAGCACCCACGGAGACGAGGCCCGCGAGCCAACGCCUUUCGUGGCGCGCGCCGAGCUGCUGGACCACGAGUGCAUGCACCGGCUCAAGCGCCACACGCUGGCUGCGCGAUUGACGCUGGAGCGGCACAAGCGCUGGGACGUGGACACAGCAGUGCAGACAGUGUCGAUGUGCCUGCAGAGAUUCGAGCUGCAGCCCACACGGACGGCACCGAGGUCCACUCGCUCAAGCUCGAGCUCAAACGGAUCCUGCGGAAGAUGGUUACCUUCGAGAAGAUAUUGCAGGUGUCCGGAGGCAGGUGGCGCGUCUGGCAGGAGAUCGAGGACAUGGACAAGGCACAGGUGAGUGAGGCGGUCGCCCACCUGAUGUCACUGGAGCAGCACGACCUGGCGCGGACGCUGACACAGAUGUACGGGAUGACCGACCCCCUGCACUCCCUGGAGCUCUCGAGGCUCCACUACCUCUUUACGACGAAGAACGACAAGACCAGCGCUGUCAGCCGACUGCUGUCCUUCCCGCCGCAGCAGGCCGUAUCGUUUGCCCUGCAGUUGCUGGACAUUUUACGUUCGUGCCGUGUUGCGCUCUUCUGCCGGCACCGCGUGCUCCUGUGCCAGAUGCUGCUGGAGCGGCUCCACUCGUGGCUCUCCGCCGACGAGGACCAGCCGCCUGCGUGUGCUCCACGCCGCACUGCAGCUCCUCGGCGCCGUCAGCGACACGGUGCAGCCCCACUUCCUGCGCGUGCUGCGGAAGCCCGUGCUGAUCGUCGAGAGCUUGCUGAUGAACGCACGCGUCGACCUGCUGGAGAGCCCUUCCUCGCAGACUUCCCACAAUACCGCCACGACGCCCUCAUCCUGCGCUACGCGCGGAAGGCGCUGGCCCUGCAGGCGGCGGCGCUGCUCUGCCUCCCGGCAGAGGACGAGGAGGCCAGUCUCAGCCCCUUGGAGGAUGGGCGGGUCCCCGGCGCCGCAGCCGGGGUCGGGGCUGCCGACUGCGCCGGCACCGGGCUGGGCGGAAAGUGGUGCCUCACCGGCAGCCCGAGCGAGGACCUCGAGGACCGGCGGAUCCGCGAGGAGCACGUCUUCGAGGCCGCACCCAGCAUCGGGCUCGCGGAGCAGAUCCUGGAGCUGUGCUCGGACAGCCCAGAGAACGCGGCCAGCUGCUUCGCCAUCUGCGACGAGCUCUCCCUGCGGCUCCGCGACCUCGCGCCCCAUCACUCCCUCGGGCCGCCGCGGUGGGAGCGCGGGGUCCGCAGAUGCCGUCCGCGACGGGGGCGGCGGCCCUUGUGCCGGCGCCGCCGGCGGCAGCGGAGGUGGCGGACCCGAUCAGGGCGCCCCGCUGUCCAGCGUUCGGCUGGUGACAUUCCUGAUCCGGAGGCUGCUGGUCUACCUGCAGGGGAAAUUCCGCAACGCUGGCGGCGAAGUCCAGGUGCAGCUCGAGCGCAGCCUCAACAACCUGGACUUCAUCCCCACUGUGUGGCAGGCCACUGGCCUGAAGGUGGGACUGUCGCAUCUCUGCGACCCCGAGCGUGCCGCGCGUCUCCGCGACCAGCUGAUCGCGGAGGACCAACUGUCCAUCGCGCUUGA